GCCGCGCACUGGCAGCUCCCAAGCACCAAGGGGCUGAGAGGAGGGGUGCGAGGGUGGGAGGCAACCCCCUCGGCAUCCCGGGAAACCCCAGCCGCCACCAGGGGCCGUGCCAAAGCCUCCCCCCCCCCCCCAACUCCGUGGCGCCCCCAGGCAGCGGGCGCCGGGAUGGAGCUGCUGCCCCGGGGCCGGGCGGCGCCGCCGGACUCGCCGCCGGACAGCGUGUCGCUGGGCUCGCUGGAGUCCAGCGUGUUCUGCAGCGAGGGCGAAGGGGAGCCCCUCGGGGCGGGGGACAGCCUCACGGUGAACGUGGGCGGCAGCCGCUUCGUGCUCUCGCAGCAGGCGCUGUCCUGCUUCCCGCACACGCGCCUGGGCAAGCUGGCCGAGCUGGUGGCCUCGUGCCGGCGCCCCGGGGCCCUGGCCGCCGCGCCCAGCCCGCUGGACUUCUGCGACGACGCCAACCCCGUGGACAACGAGUACUUCUUCGACCGGAGCUCGCAAGCCUUCCGCUACGUGCUGCACUACUACCGCACCGGCCGCCUGCACGUCAUGGAGCAGCUGUGCGCGCUGUCCUUCCUGCAGGAGAUCCAGUACUGGGGCAUCGACGAGCUCAGCAUCGACGCCUGCUGCAGGGACAGAUACUUCAGGAGGAAAGAGCUGAGUGAGACCUUAGACUUCAAGAAGGACACCGAAGACCAGGAGAGUCAACACGAGAGCGAGCAAGACUUCUCACAGGGACCUUGUCCCACCAUCCGCCAGAAGCUCUGGGACAUCCUGGAGAAGCCCGGGUCGUCCACCGCCUCCCGCGUCUUCGGGGUCAUCUCCAUCAUCUUCGUGGCCGUGUCCAUCGUCAACAUGGCCCUGAUGUCGGCGGAGCUGAGCUGGCUGGACCUGCAGGUGCUGGAGAUCCUAGAGUACUUCUGCAUCAGCUGGUUCACCGGGGAGUUCGCCCUGCGCUUCCUGUGCGUGCGGGACAGGUGCGGCUUCCUCAGGAAGGUGCCAAACAUCAUAGACCUGCUGGCCAUCCUGCCCUUUUACAUCACCCUUCUGGUGGAGAGCCUGAGUGGGAGCGAGACCACGCAGGAUCUGGAAAACGUGGGGCGCAUCGUCCAGGUCUUGAGGCUGCUCAGGGCUCUGCGCAUGCUAAAGCUGGGCAGGCACUCUACAGGAUUACGCUCCCUUGGAAUGACAAUCACCCAGUGUUAUGAAGAAGUCGGCCUACUGCUCCUUUUUCUGUCUGUGGGGAUUUCUAUCUUCUCCACGGUGGAAUAUUUUGCUGAGCAAAGCAUCCCUGACACAACCUUCACAAGUGUCCCUUGUGCGUGGUGGUGGGCCACCACAUCCAUGACUACGGUGGGCUACGGGGACAUUAGACCAGACACCACCACAGGCAAAAUCGUGGCCUUCAUGUGUAUCUUAUCGGGAAUCCUCGUCUUGGCUCUGCCUAUUGCUAUUAUUAACGACCGCUUCUCUGCUUGCUAUUUUACCUUGAAGCUCAAGGAAGCAGCUGCCAGACAGCAUGAGGCUCUGAAGAAGCUCACCAAGAACCUAGCCACGGACUCAUACAUCAGCGUGAACUUGAGAGAUAUCUAUGCCCGCAGCAUCAUGGAGAUGCUCCGACUAAAAGGCAGGGAAAGAGCAAGCACCAGGAGCAGUGGAGGAGAUGAUUUCUGGUUCUGAAUUCACUUUCAUUUAGUUUAUUUACAGAAGCUUAUGUAAAACUAAUUCAAUCUAUAAAGCCUUGAUAUGGUUGUCUGUGUACUGCUGUGGAGUCUCUUUUGAGUACUCCCUGUGUUCGUUAUUGCUGAUACAUUGCUUAGUUUGCUAGGAUAGUUCAUCAGUCCCCAAUAACUGUAUUUUGAUACACUUGAGUCUCAAAAAUAACCAUCUAACACAACCCAAUACAACUAGACCAAUAUAACAUGUCAGAAUUGGCAAAUAUAAAAUAUCGCAAUACAUGCAAGAGUUAAAAGUUUUAUGCAUCGCUGUUUGUUGCAGUACUAAUUUUUUUAAAAAGAAAAGAAUGUUAAACUGCCAAGCCCAGAAAAAAGAAUAGUGAACAUUUAUGACUACACUAAACAAUUUUGUUAUUUAAAGAUAUUCCCCAAGUAAAUAAAUCAUGCCUUUCUUCAUCCAUUAAAGCUGUUGAAUACAACUAUGAUAUUACAUUUACAAAAGAAAAAUCCUGAUCUGUUGGUCAUUUCUUCCCCUGGUGCAUACCCUGGUCACAAAUGGACUGAGCUCUGUAUUCCACCAUUGUUACCAUAGAUGGGUCUCUCAACAGCUUAGACUUCAGUAGAAGAAUGCCACACAGUAGCUUUAAGAAUCACACUUCUUCAUCCUCCCACUGAGGGCUAUAUGUUGAGUGUAAAGCAGAUAUCUCUUAGUAUUCCAUGGAAAUUAGAUGGUCUUUAAACAUAUCUUUAUCAAUGUAGUGUUCAAGUCAUGUCUUUAAAAACAUGAACAUGUAAAAAUGUAGUGAACAUUUUAAAUUUAUAUACUGAAAUCAUUAAUUAGUCUAAUUUUAUGAAAUAAGAAUCAUAUGUUGAGUGAUACCACUGGAUCCACUUGAAGAUCUUUUAUUUGUUAAAAAAAACAUUACAGAUGACUAUCUGACUAUAGGGGUAAAUAACAAAUGUUCAAACGUUGCAUGCAUUUUUACAGCAUUUGGACAUUCAUGAUAAUAAAAAAAUUCUAAGACAUUCUGUCAUAUAAUUAAAGCCAAGAGUCUAAACCUAAUAAUUAGCUCAUGUUUCCCAAUAUUCAGUAAGAAAGAUUUUUAAAACUAAGUAUAAUAUGGAGUAUCACUUUAAUACCUGUAUUCUCAGUGGGUGUAACAGUGCCAAUAAUGGGAUGAAAAUAGGUUCUUACAGGGCAAAAGUAUCCUAUUCUUUAUUCAUAAACCACAUAUAUGUGUAUAAUAAAUUAACAGAUAAAGAGUAUAACUAUGGUAUUAAAAUUUAAUGGGGUAGGAAAUUAGAAAAAAUGGCUAAGAGCUUCUUGCCAAGGUUGGGUGGUGAUAAGAAAUAAAUAUGGAGCAAUACUGCUUUAA